GGGCUUAGACUCUACGACACGUGUUUGCCGUUAUACUAGACAUACAAAGAAUUUUAUUACUUAUAUAUACCGUCUCAAUAUGCGGCAAAAAAAAGAAGCUAACUCGUGGGUAAAGUUCCGCUUGUUGACGUGGAAGAACUUCCUGCAGCAGUGGAGACACCCUUGGCAGACCGUAGCCGAGUUGUUACUACCAGUUGUAACUCUUUCGCUUAUUCUGCUUCUUCGUUGGCAAAUCGAGCCAAGGAAUGUCGAUCUACGAUCCUUUGAACCUGUACCUGUGCACUCUCUCACCGUUUCAUCUUUAAGUAUUCUGGUUGGUAUGAACUUGACAAGAAUGACUGUAGCUUAUUCACCAGAAAGCGAAGUGUUGGAGGAUGUUGUUAGACGUGCCACAACGAAUUUUUUCAGAAGCAAUGUAGUAGAUCUCAUAAAAAUUAUAUUGAAGAUAAUAUUGGAAAAAAUAUUGGAGAAUAUGCCAAUUCCGCCAGAUAUUACACUUCCGACAGAUACGACAGAUUUAAAUUCAAUUUCUAUAAAUAAUUUUCUGAAAUCAUUAAUAAAGAUUGAAGCUUACAACAGUAGUGCUGAUCUCAGAGGGAUAUAUUCUAAUGAAGUAUAUACUCGAAGGGUGCUGGCUGCUGUGGAAUUCAAUGAUACUUUACACGGAGCAACCGAAAUACCAAAUAAUAUAAAUUAUUCCCUAAGGUUUCCUGAAAGGCCUCGCUUAAAUUCAUUUUACUUAUCUGGUGGUCGUAGUUGGCGUACAGAUUUGAUUUUUCCACUAUUUGAAGUACCAGGACCUAGAUCAUCUUCAUCAGUAGGUGGCAGUGAUCCAGGAUAUGUACAUGAAAUGUUUGUGCAACUACAACACUUUAUAUCUAUGGAGUUGAUAUCUAGAAUAACAGGAGAAAACUUUAGAAGAUUUAAUGUGAAUUUUCAAAGGUUUCCCCAUCCAGCGUUUGUACAAGAUUUUGCAAUAGAAGUGAUGCAGGCCCUCUUUCCUAUAUUUAUAGUCAUAAGUUUCAGUUACACAGCCAUAAACAUUACUAGAGUUGUUACACUUGAAAAGGAAUUGCAACUGAAGGAAUCUUUAAAAAUAAUGGGAAUGCCUACGUGGAUUCAUUGGUGUGCAUGGUUUUUGAAACAGUUCAUAUUUCUUUUAUUGGCUACUGGUCUUAUCGUGAUUGUUUUGAAGGUACCCUGGUUUACUACUGACGAAGGUAUAGGUGACUACGCUUUAUUCACGCAAACUCCUUGGGAUGUGCUAUUUUUCUUCUUGGCCUUAUAUUUGUUUUGUACAAUAUUUUUCUGCUUCAUGAUCAGUGGCUUCUUCUCAGUGGGCAGCACAGCAGCGUUGUUUAUGGGGGUUGUUUGGUUUCUAUCAUACAUUCCUUCAGUGUUAUUGAUGGCAGAUAUCAAUUUGUCAACUGCAGGCCAAAUAAUUUCCUUUUUUAGCAUAAACACAGUAAUGUCAUACGGUUUUCAUCAAUUGCUGGCCAAGGAGACUUUAGGCGGUAUGCAAUGGGGGGAGUUCAUGUCAGUCACAGAUUUAAACUCAACUCGUUUACCAUUUGGAUAUGUGGUUAUAUUUUUAUUGAUAGAUUCGUUAAUAUAUAUGUUAAUAGCACUUUAUUUGGAGCAAGUUCUACCCGGGCCAUAUGGCAUACCAAAGCCUUGGAAUUUUAUUUUUCGAAAAGAUUUCUGGUGUUCACAAGAUACGGAUGUAAAAACAAUUGGUCCUCCUGAGAUGGGAGAAAUAACCAUGGAAAAAGAUCCACCUGAACUUACCAUAGGUGUUGAAAUUAGAAAUUUGACUAAAAUAUUUGGUGCGAACACCGCCGUGAAUAACUUGUCUUUAAAUAUUUAUGACGACCAAAUUACUGUCCUACUCGGUCAUAAUGGUGCUGGAAAGUCUACCACUAUAUCAAUGCUAACAGGUAAUUUGCCUGCCACUCGAGGUUCGGUAAGUAUCGCAGGCUAUGAUAUGAAGAAACAAAUGAAAUUAGCUCGCAGUAACCUUGGCCUUUGUCCACAACACAACGUCAUUUUCAAUGAACUAACAGUUAGAGAACAUCUGGAAUUUUUUGCAAGACUCAAGGGAUUCAAGGGCAAAGAAUUAAACAAAGAAAUAGACACUCUUAUAGACGACUUGGAAUUACAAUCAAAGCGCAACUAUUUAGCCGAAGGCCUGUCUGGCGGACAGAAGCGCCGCCUGUGUGUGGGUAUAGCUUUAAGUGGGCAAGCUCGCGUCGUCCUACUGGAUGAACCCACCUCAGGUAUGGACCCAUCGUCGCGCCGAGCACUUUGGGACCUUCUACAAAAAGUUAAAAAAGGUCGUUCUAUAAUUUUGACGACCCACUUUAUGGAUGAAGCGGACAUCCUGGGAGACCGAGUGGCAAUCAUGGCCCAUGGACAGCUCCAAUGUGUCGGUUCUCCAUACUUCCUAAAGAAGCACUACGGCGUUGGAUACACUUUAGUUGUAGUGAAAAAUGAAGAAUUUAAUCACAAUGCAUGUACUCUACUAAUCAAUAAAUACAUUCCCAAUACUGAAAUUAAAGAAGAUCGUGGUACUGAGCUAACUUACAGCUUGUCAAAUGAGAAUUCAGAUAAAUUCGAAACUAUGUUAAACGAUUUGGAAACCAACCGAGACGAUAUUAAAUUUAAAAAUUAUGGUUUGGUAGCAACUACUUUAGAAGAUGUUUUCCUGUCAGUGGGCUCUGAUGCCGAAUUAGCUUCUAUUUCUGAUGAAACUGAUACAAUCGCUAGUGCAAAUAAUAUAAACGCACAAGACUUGGACACAUCGUCUACAGAUCAGUUGGUUUAUGAGGAAGUAUUGACGACGGGGAUACAGUUGUUGAGGCAGCAUGUUACGGCAGUUUGGAUGAAGCUCUGGCUAACCAAAAUACGAUCAUGGACUUUAAUUUUACUACAGUUUUUAGUUCCUUUAGUCCAAAUAGUAACGUCACUUGCAGUAUUGGAAUAUAUAAUGUCACUGCAAGGUGAUUUACAAUCUCGUCCGCUCAGAUUCACUGAAGGAUAUGCCAGCACAGAAAGUCUUUUAAGUUUCAAUGGUACAAAUUCAACAUCCAGAGGUGCAUUAGCGAAGACUGCUUACGAGCAAAUGUAUACAUCGUCUGAUAUAGAUAAUAUGGACCUCACAAUUGUUGACGGACAACUGGUCGAUGAUUACUACUUACAAAGGGCGAACGUGACGGGGGGCACGGCCAGCAUCAGACAUAGUUUACUGAGCGGGGCUACAUUCGGCGAUGAAUCAGCAACUGCUUGGUUCAGCAACUUUGGGUAUCACGACUUACCCAGUUCACUUGCAACACUCCACAAUGCGCUGCUUAAGGCCUUCCAACCCGAUGCUGAGAUCAAUGUCAACAACCAUCCUCUUGAAGUUAAUUAUAGAGAUCAAAGUGACAUGCUGGCAAUGGUAGAGUUUGUGUCAUUCCAGUUAUCUUUUUCGAUUGGAAAUAGUUUAGGAAUAGUUACAGCGGUCUACAUUAUGUUCUAUAUCAAGGAGCGCAUGUCUCGCGCAAAACUUCUUCAAAAAGCUGCAGGAAUCCGCCCAGUCGUGAUGUGGAGUAGUGCUGCUGUCUUUGAUUGGAUUUGGUUUCUUCAAAUUUCCCUGACUGUUGUUUUACCUUGUGCGGCCUUCAGAGUUAUUGGGUUGUCCAGUUUUGCCGAGCUGGGUCGAAUGUACGUGUGCAUCAUGGUAUAUGGUGCGGCAGCUCUACCACUGCAUUAUCUGUUCUCAUUCCUAUUCACCGGGCCAGCGGUCGGCUUCGUUGUCAUGUACUUUAUUAACUUAUUGUUUGGCAUUAUAGGUUCUCAAAUUGUAGAAGCAUUGUAUAAUCCAAUGCUUGACACAGCUCAUGCGGCAGACAUUAUGGAUACUAUAUUGCAGUUUUUCCCUCUUUACUCUUUCGUCACAGCACUCCGCUCUUUAAGCGCGGUCUCUAUAACAGAACAUACUUGCCUAAUGGCCUGUGAUUACUUGGAAGCGGUGAUAAAUGUGCAGGAAUGCAACAUGCAGUAUCUCUGCGAGAACAGAACAAGUGCCUGUUGCAUACGUGAAAAUCCUUACUUUGAAUGGGAGUCUCCCGGAGUUCUUCGGUACUUAGUGGUAAUAUUAUCAUCUGGUGCCGUGUUCUGGAUCCUUCUCAUGAUCGUCGAGUAUAGACUAUUUCAGAAGGUAUUCACAUUUACGAAAAAAGCACCACCUAUCGAUGUUAACACUUUAGACAAUGACGUCGUAGAUGAAGCUCGACACGUGGAACAAGUGAAGGGAUCCGAUCUUGGCAGACAUAGCUUGGUGGCUAGCGGGCUCACAAAGUAUUACGGGAAACAUCUCGCAGUCAAUCAGGUCUCAUUUACUGUGAGCGAAUCAGAAUGUUUCGGACUUUUGGGUGUGAAUGGUGCAGGCAAGACUACAACAUUCAAAAUGCUGAUGGGAGACGAGACUAUCUCUUCCGGAGAUGCAUAUAUCGGUGGAGAUUCUGUGAAGAAGAACAUAACUAGAGUGUACAAAAAUAUAGGGUACUGUCCGCAGUUCGAGGCAGUGUUUGAGGAGCUUACGGGUCGGGAGACUUUGUACCUGUUCUCAUUGCUGCGCGGCCUGGACAGGGAAAGCACUAAUGUUAACAUACGCAUACUUGCGCACGCACUUGGUUUCACUAAACAUUUGGAUAAAAGGGUUCACCAGUACUCCGGCGGCAACAAGCGCAAGCUGAGCACGGCUGUGGCGCUGAUGGGCCGUACGCGGCUCGUGUUUGUGGACGAGCCCACGACCGGCGUGGACCCGGCAGCGAAGCGUCAGGUGUGGCAAGCGCUGCGCGGCGCGAUGAGCAGCGGCCGCGGCGUGGUGCUCACGUCUCACAGCAUGGAGGAGUGCGAGGCGCUCUGCUCGCGGCUCACCAUCAUGGUCGGGGGCGGCUUCCGAUGCAUCGGCACGCCGCAGCAUCUCAAGAAUAAGUUCUCACAAGGUUUUACGUUGACUAUUAAACUAAGAAUGGACGAGGCGGCGACAGAUGUCUCAAAGAGAACAUCCGUGGAUAAUCUGAAACAAUAUGUAUGCUCUAAUUUCACAAGUCCCAAAUUAAUGGAGGAGUAUCAAGGCCUAUUGACAUAUUACCUACCAGAUUCCACUAUGGCAUGGUCUAGAAUGUUUGGAAUAAUGGAAAACGCCAAAAGAGAAUUAGAUGUUGAAGAUUAUAGCAUCUCACAGACCACCCUUGAACAGAUAUUCUUGCAGUUUACCAAGUAUCAGGAUGCUGAAAAUUCAGAAGAUACGAAUUCACCUAUACACAAUGGACAACCUCACGUUACUCAUAUGUAGUAUUAUACCUACAUUUACAGCGUCUAAAAUAAAAGUGUUGAAACCCACAAAGCAUUGUAUGACAGGAACAUUUGUUUAUUGUUCCGUAAGUAUUAAGUCAUUAACUUAAUUAGAAAGAAGUUUGUUAAGAAAAUGUUUGUAGAUAAUGCUACAUUGAUGUAGACUUUGAUUUAAUUAUACAAAAUUAUAAACUAGUAGAUAAUUAUUAGUUGAAAUUAUAGAAAAUAAUGU